GAACAGAAGAAAGAAGAAUAGAUAGAAAAUACAAGCAGAAUGUUUACUGAUAUUUUGUGAUUUCAGUAUUUUAAAUGUUUUAUUUUGUCUCCUCCAGUUAAUAGAGUCUUCAUUCAGCAGGAGGACAGAAAAUGGACAGAAGAGGAGAGAAUAAAAAUGGAGGAAUCUGCUCUGCUGACCGAGUAUAAGAAGGAGGAUAUUCGUGGUCUUAUACUGAAGAACCAAAUGGAACAAAAGAGCAGUAAAGAACAACUGGAUACACUGAGAAAGGAGCUGCAGGAGAAAGAGAGAGUACUGAGAGAAAAUAUAAAAACAGUGGAGGUGAAGGACAAAGAACUGGAGGAAAAGGAGAAACUUCUCACAGAAUUAAAGGAUGAACUCACACAAAGAACAAAGAAAUUAGAGGAGGAGCUUAAAUUACAAAAAGAAGAAAUGGAGAAAAGUCUUAUGAAGAAAAAUGAAGAAUUAAAUGAUAUAAAACAACAGUUAAAGGAUAAAGAUAUAAAACUGAAAGAGAACGAGGUGAUCAUUAAAGAACAUUUAGAGAGUAUCAGUACGAGAGAUCUGACUUUAAAAAACACAAAUCAAAGAUUAGAAAGUGUUACUAAAGAGCUUCAGGAGAAAAACACACAGCUGGAGAAAAACAAUAAACUGCUGAGAGAGAAAGAGAGAGAACUGGAGAAGAAAGAGAAAGAGGUAGAAAGCAGUAAAGAACAGCUGGAGACACUGAGAAAGGAGCUGCAGGAGAAAGAGAGAGAACUGGAGAAGAAAGAGAAAGAGGUAGAAAGCAGUAAAGAACAGCUGGAGACACUGGGAAAGGAGCUGCAGGAGAAAGAGAGGGAACUGGAGAAGAAAGAGAAAGAGGUAGAAAGCAGUAAAGAACAGCUGGAGACACUGGGAAAGGAGCUGCAGGAGAAAGAGAGGGAACUGGAGAAGAAAGAGAAAGAGGUAGAAAGCAGUAAAGAACAGAUGGAGACACUGGGAAAGGAGCUGCAGGACAAGAGCAGUGAACUACAGGAGAUGAUGAUCCUACUGGAGCAACAGAAAACUGAACUGAGAGAAAAAGAUAAACAGAUUGAAGAGAAGGAGAGACUUCUAAGAGAGAGAGACACACAGAUAAUGGAGAGAGAGAAACAGGUGGAGGAGAAAGACAGACUUUUAGAGGAGAGAAACAAGCAGCUGCAGGAAAGAACAGAUCCAGACCCAUCAGCUCCAGUCAGGAGAAGAAACAGCAAGGAGAAGAAUCCUCCAAACAUGAGUGGAGAGACUCCAGAUUCAGCAGCAUCACUCAGGAGAAGAAGCAAUCUGGAGGAACUUCCUCCAACAAUGAGUGGAGAACGGUGUAGUGCAGUCUCUCCAGCAUCAGGUCCUGCAGCAGAACUCAGACUGGUGCUGCUGGGGAGGACUGGAUGUGGGAAGAGUGCAGCAGGAAACUCCAUCCUGGGCAGAGAGGAGAGGAGCCAGGCUGGAGCUUCUACAGUGAGGCAGCAGAGUGAGAGCAGACAGGGGGAGGUGGCUGGGAGGCAGGUGACUGUGGUGGAAACUCCUGACUGCUUCUGUCCUGGACUCUCUCUGGAGGAGCUGAGACAGAACGUGGAGCACUGUGUCCGUCUGUCUGCUCCAGGACCACACGCCUUCCUCCUAGUCCUACCAGUGAAGCAGUCUACAGGAGAGGAGAGAGGGAUGCUGGAGAAAAUGGAGGAGAUGUUUGGAGAGAGAUGUUGGAGGAACACCAUGAUCCUCUUCACUGUUACUGAUGAAGUUCAGGAGAAGAACAUUGAAGAGUUUAUCCAAUCAGGAAAGCAGGAGGUCCAGAGACUUGUGGAGAAAUGUGGGAACAGGUUUCACUGUCUCAACAUUAAGGAGAGUGGAGAUGGUUCUCAGAUCUCAGAGCUGCUGGAGAAGAUGGAGAAGAUGGUGGAAGAAAACAGAGAGAAAUUCUACAGCAGUGAUAUCUACCUGGAGACACAGUCUCAGAUCAGAGCAAUGGAGACAAAGAUCAUGAGAGAAAGAGAGGAGAAGAGGAUGAUGGAAGAGAAAGAGAUCAAAGAAAAACUAGAAAAAGAGAUGAAGAACUCUCUGAGAAAGAUAGAGGGAACUGUACAAGAACAUGAAGGAGAGAUAAAGCAACUUAACGACCGAACAACAGAAUUAGAGAGAAGGAUGAAAGAAGAGAGGGAUGAAGAGAAAAAGAGAGAACUGGAACGAGAGCUAGAAAGAGAGUUAGAAAAAAGAACAGAGAUGGAGGAAAAGGUGAGGGAACUAAAAGAAAAGAGAGAGAAGGAGAAAAGAGAGAUGGAGGAGAGACACAGACAGGAGAUGGAGGAGAUCAGGGAGACGUAUGAAGGAGAAGCUAGAAUGGAGGUGGAGAGAAACCUGAUGAAGAUCAUCCUGCCUGAACUCCAGAAAAACAUCCUGCUCUCAAAGUUAAAGAUGCAGGAAGAGUUCAGCAGACAGAUGGAGGAGAAGAAUGAAGAGCUGCAGAAACUGAAGCAGAAUUUCUCACAGCUCAAAGAGACUCACUCACUUCUGGAGGAGGUUUAUGAGAGAACUGUGAAGCUCAGCUCAGACUCAGAGAGAGCUCCUCCAGCAGCAGAAGGGGGGUCUAAAGGAUUCUCACAGAGGUUUAAAGACUUGUUUUAGGUAUGAAAAAAGACCAAAAGGAAUAAAUGAAAAUAGUAGUUCAGUUUUAAUUAUCAGAAGAAAGAGGAUGUAUAGGGUUGUCCUGCAUUAACACACUCACAGUAACUCAACAAAUCUUAUUUAUGGAUUAAGUUUUUUUUACAUCGAAAUGUGAUGUAUGAUUGAAAUGAGUACUUUUGCAAUAGGGUACAGACACUGGAAAGCUUGAUUCUCUCAGAUCACACCUCUUAAUAAGAGACAAGGCCUGUAAUACAUGUUCUAAAUGACUGCUAUUCUAGGCUUUUGAUUUGCUGCAGCUGCGUGAUGAGGGGAAAAGGUUGUUCACAGUAAAACUGUGUGUAUCUUUCCCCUAUCAGCUAAUGGUAUUACAAUACUAGACUGAAUAUUCAGAAACUUAAAGAAUUCAUACUCUGGGAUACACACACAUACACAGUGGCGUAUUUGCCCCCUUACAUAUUUCCUUUGUUUUUGCAUUCUUGUCAUACUUACAUUUUAGAUGAUCAACCAACUUUAAUAUCACACCAAUAUAACUUUAUAUAACUUUAUAUUUUUAAUGAAGGGAAGUGAACUAUGCUUUGCUUGCUUUACCUGACAGUCCUGAAAGAAAAUGUCUGGCCAUCUGUUUGUGACCUCAAGCUCAGGCAUGCUUGGGUUCUGGAGCAGGACAGUGAUCUAAAGCACACACACAAGUCCACCUCUGAAUGGCUUAAAAUAAAAACAAAAUGAAGGUUUUGGAGUGGCCUAGUCAGAGUCUGAUUGAGAUGCUGUGGAUGAUCUUAAACAGGAUGUUUAUGCUGAAAACCCCUUUAAUGUGCCUGAAUUAAAACAAUCCUGUAAAGAAGAGUGAACCACAGAGAUGUGAAAGACUCACUGCCAGUUAUCGGUAAAGCUGUUGUUGCCAUCAAGGGUGUCACAACCAAUUUAUUAGGUUUAGGGGCAAAUAUUUUUUUACACAGGGCUAGAUUGGUUUGUACAUAUUUUUUCCUUUAAUAAAUAAAAUCAUCCUUUUAAAGGUGCUUUUUAUAUUUACUCAGGUUAUCUUUGUUUGAUAUUAAAGUUAUGAAAAAUAUCAGUAUAACAAUCUUUGGGGGGGGAAAUACUUUUAUCACGCCACUGUAUUCACAGUACAAAAUCAUACGAGACGCUUUUAUUUCAGAAAAGAAAUAUGACAGUUCCAAAUGCCAGGUUCACACUACACAACUUUGAAUCAGUAUUUGUGCUGUUCACACUACAUGACUUGUGCUGUAAUCAUGAGUCCUUUAACUGUUAAGAACUUCAUGCCAGGUUCACACUACAUUAUUUUACCCCAGUUGUUCUUUUUUCCGUUGAUCGCCGACAAAAACUGAGAAAUCGGGGAUCUUUCAGACCAAAAAACUGGGCUAAAAUCAUGAAGUGUGCACCUGGCAUACUUUCUUAUUUCUCUUGCCUUUUGUUUCCGGAAAAAAAAUGGUAUUGCCCCUUUUGACUGUUUUCAUGGAAUUAGUGAUACAUCAAAUAAUUUUUAACUGAUACUUCUGUGAAGUGCAAUAUUAAAUGUGUGAAUAAAGUUAACAUUGAGCAGUU